GGCUGUCAUUUGCUGUAGCUUCGGUAGGUUCCGAGGAGAGAGGACAGUGGCGAGGAAACGCAGGAAAGGAAAAAAUUUAUAAAUGCAGUAAUAAGAAAAUGCCAGCCACCAUGAAACCGACCACGAAGCAUAUUUGAUUUAUAUACGGUUGGCGUUAUAUUGAGAAAAUCUAAGGGACUGGCUCUCCUUGAUGUAAAAUUUGUUAGCUAGCUAGCUCGCCGAAUAGUUAGAAAAAUAAGAUAAGGCUGUGUCAUUGAGCAAUCAGGACACGGACUAGACAGUAAUACAUCGAGCUAGCUGUCUGUGAUUUCUAUUUUCUGUAGUUUUACGGAAUUUCAAGGAUCCAUCCAAUCGCCGACCAUUUAGCUUGCUAAGGGAGCUUAAUUUGCUGUGGUCAGAACGGAGCGGAUCUCAUCGGAGACGUCGCUUUGGAGACAAGGGUACGAAAAGGGAAUUAAGACAACCGAGUAAAACACUGUCAGGGGAAAAAUUACCGGAGCACCUAAAUGGGGGAUUACGGGUUUGGAGUCUUAGUGCAGAACAACACUGGUAACAAAUCGGCUUUCCCUGUUAGAAUUCACCCACAUCUGCAGCCUCCGCACCACCAGAAUGCGUCGGCCAGUUCCGCUGCUUUUAUAAAUAACACACCUGCUAACGGCAAUAAUGGUGGAUCCGCGUGGCUGUUUCCUGCCGCAGCUGCUCACGGCAACAUGCAAGACGAGAUUCUGGGGUCGGAGAAACCGAAGGCCCAGCAACAGGAAAUGCAAGAAGCGCAAGAAAAGCAGCAGUCUCCGGGCCAGCAGGACGCGGGCAUCAUCUCCGAGCUGGAGAGCUCCAGAUCCGAGGAAGGCAAGGGGGAGAACGGCUCGGUGGACAGCGGCAGCGGCAAGGAGAAGCUGCGGAUGGAGUCGCCAGUGCUGACGGGGUUCGAUUACCAGGAGCCCUCUGGCCUGGGCUCCGGUGUGCCGUCCAGCGCCGCCUCCUCUUCCUCGCUCACCGGCUUCAACAACUGGUCGCCCGGCGUGCCGCCCAACCCGUCCGCCAUGAUCAACGAGGACGUCAGCUUCUUCAACCCCGCCGCCUCCGCCAGCAACGGGCCCCUGCUGUUCCAGAACUUUCCGCACCACGUCAGCCCCGGGUUCGGCGGAAACUUCUCCCCCCAGAUCGGGGCCCUGUCCCAGCACCACCCGCCGCACCCCCACUUCCAGCACCCCCACAGCCAGCACCAACAGCACCGGCGGUCCCCCGCCAGCCCCCACCCGCCCCCCUUCUCCCACAGGAACGCUGCUUUCGGGCAGGUGCCCCACUUGGCCAACAGCCUGAGCAAGGCCCCCUCGCCGUGGGGCAGCUACCAAAGCCCCUCCCCCACGCCCUCCUCCACCUCCUGGAGCCCCGGGGGCGGGUAUGGCGGCUGGGGCGCGUCCCAGGGCCGCGAAUACCGCCGCGGUCUCAACGGAGGGGUGACGCCGCUCAACUCCAUCUCUCCGCUCAAGAAGUCGUUCCCCAACAGCCACGCGUCCUCGCAGAAGUACCCGCGCGCCGCUUUCAACCAGAAGUCCUGGAUGGACGACAGCGUGAGCCGCAGCGAGAACAUCUUCCCCUUUCAGGAGCGCACCAGGUCCUUUGACGGCUUCAACAUGCACUCCCUGGAGAACUCCCUGAUUGACAUCAUGAGGGCGGAGCAGGACUCCCUGAAAGGGCGUCUGGGGUUCCCACACCCGGUGGGGGACAGCUCUUUGCCCAUAAACGCAAGGAAUUAUGGGAGACGACGAGGUCACUCGUCCUUGUUCCCGAUGGAGGACGGCUUUGCGGACGAGGAGAGGGGGGACCAGGGCGUGGCUGGGCUGGGCUUCCCCCACCAGAACGGCGAGCGCGUGGAGCGCUACUCCCGCAAGGUCUUCGUGGGGGGGCUCCCUCCCGACAUCGACGAAGACGAGAUUACCGCCAGUUUCCGCCGCUUCGGUCACCUGUUUGUGGACUGGCCUCACAAGGCCGAGAGCAAGAGCUACUUCCCCCCUAAAGGUUACGCCUUCCUCCUGUUCCAGGACGAGUGUUCAGUCCAGGCUCUCAUUGACGCCUGCAUCGAGGAGGACGGCAAGCUCUACCUGUGUGUGUCCAGCCCCACCAUCAAAGACAAACCUGUCCAGAUCCGGCCCUGGAACCUGAAUGACAGCGAUUUUGUGAUGGACGGCUCCCAGCCCCUCGACCCCAGGAAGACCAUCUUUGUGGGAGGAGUUCCCCGACCCCUACGAGCAGUGGAGCUGGCGAUGAUCAUGGACCGGCUGUACGGGGGCGUGUGCUAUGCCGGGAUCGACACCGACCCGGAGCUGAAGUACCCGAAGGGGGCGGGGCGAGUGGCCUUCUCCAAUCAGCAGAGCUACAUCGCCGCCAUCAGCGCCCGAUUCGUCCAGCUGCAGCACGGAGAGAUCGAUAAACGGGUGGAAGUGAAGCCAUACGUCCUGGACGAUCAGCUGUGUGACGAGUGCCAGGGGACGCGGUGCGGGGGCAAGUUCGCGCCCUUCUUCUGCGCCAACGUGACCUGCCUGCAGUAUUACUGCGAGUACUGCUGGGCGGCCAUCCACUCCCGCGCCGGCCGCGAGUUCCACAAGCCGCUGGUCAAGGAGGGCGGGGACCGCCCCCGCCACAUCUCCUUCCGCUGGAACUGAGGGGGCGGAGCCAGGCCCAGGCCCCGCCACACCUCCUUCCGCUGGAACUGAGGGGGUGGAGCCAGGCCCAGGCCACGCCACACCUCCUUCCGCUGGAACUGAGGGGGCGGAGCCAGGCCCAGGCCCCGCCUCCUUCCACUGGAACUGAGGGGGUGGAGCCAAGCCCAGGCCCCGCCACACCUCCUUCCGCUGGAACUGAGGGGGCGGAGCCAGGCCCAGGCCCCACCACACCUCCUUCCGCUGGAACUGAGGGGGCGGAGCCAGGCCCAGGCCCCACCUCCUUCUGCUGGAGCUGAGGGGGCGGAGCCAGGCCCAGGCCCCACCUCCUUCUGCUGGAGCUGAGGGGGCGGAGCUAGGCCACGCGGCAAAUAAAUGCACUUUUCUGUUGCCGAUUCCUUUAGGCUUUUAAAGAUCCUUAAUAUAUAAUUUAAUUUUAAGAAAUGAGUAGCAAAAUAUGUUUAUCAAAAAAUAGUCCCAUUUCAUUUCCCCUCCCCCCCUUCUUCAUUGAUUUUAUAUUAGUGCACAUAGAAACUCUGAAUGCAUUGGAAUGACUACAGCUGUUUUAGCAUCUGAUUUGACUGUAAAUUGGCUUUAAUUGGCUAAUCCGUUAACACUUACUGUAAAGCAUUAAAACCAAUGCUUCUGGCUGUGGAACCAGCUUGUUGCUAUGAAAGGUGUCUCGCUAAUGAAGGGUGCACUUAUUUUUAGGAUGCAGAGUCGGAGUCAUUAGUCCCAGUAGUUAACCAAAGCUUGGUGUAAAUUGGUAUGUUAAAGCCCCACGUGCAGCCAUAGACCCGUUUAACCCCUCCUAACCUUCUGGCUAACUGGACUAAAGCAGUAUCUUCCCGGCUGUUAGUGUUGGAUGUUCGUUUCCCACAUGCUAACCUAAUACCUCAAGCUUUGCUGCUAAUAUUUUGAGUAGGGUGUAGACGAUAGGCUCCCUCCCUUCCCCGCAUACGAAAAUCACAAAGGGAAAAGGUGCUGAACAGCCAGGGGUCUGUGUGUGUGUGUUUAACAGGCACUCAGUGAGGCUGCUAGCCAAUGAGAGAGCGGUUCUGUACCAGGCUGCUAGCCAAUGAGAGAGCGGGUAUGUACCAGGCUGCUAGCCAAUGAGCAAGCGAAUCUGUUCCAGGCUGCUAGCCUAUGAGAGAGGAGGUGUGUUCCAGACUGCUAGCCUAUGAGUGAGCAGGUCUGCUGCAGGCUACUAGCCAAUGAGAGAGCAGGUGUGCUCCAGACUGCUAGCCAAUGAGAGAGCAGGUGUGCUCCAGACUGCUAGCCUAUGAGACAGCGGGUUUGCUUCAGGCUGCUAGCCAAUGAGAGAGCAGGUUUGUCCCAGGCCUCAAAGCUGACCCACUUCAGAUUGGAUAUGGAGGUGCGAAAGGCCCUCGGCGAUGGGCCGUCCCGUGCGGCUCCGCGCUGCGCCACCUCCAGAGCGCAUGUGUGCAGCGUGCCUGCGGAACAGCAUGCCAUGCGCAGUGCAGCGGGCGCUCUCUCUGCAUGCCCCCCCCCCCCGAGCGCAAUAACGAGAACGCAGACGCGCGCGGCACGCUUUAGGAACGCGGCCAAAGACCCACGCACGCACGCACGCGCGGCAGCCAGGGACGGCUCGCGCCUUUUCACAUUUCCGAUCUGGGUUUUAUUAUCGCUCGCUCGAGGUGGGUAAACCAAAGACGGGGCUUGUGAGAUCGUUUGGGUCAGAGGUCAAAGGUCAGCAGUCAGGGGUCCCCCACAGGCCAGGAGCACGAGUACAGUGGGAGGCAUUUACCUUCCAAAGGUCCAAACGCAGACGUCUGAGCACGGGGCGCCGGAGCACGUUAGCUCGUUAGCCAACACGACACGACCCGGAAUAAAAACAAAGAAAAGCCGACGGAAUUCUGGGUAAUCACAAUAGCAUCCUGGGUUUGCUAGCUUGUCAGGGAUUUUGUGCUGAAAUAUAACUUCUUAUACUAGUGAGAACUUAAUCCUUGCGUUGGCUUGAUGGUGUUCUUCAACACCGUUUCUACCAUGACUUGAGUUUGUGGGUGUGGUGGUUAAGCAUAUUAUAACACUUUUUGAAGAAUUUGCUGUUAAAGAGAAAAAAAUGAUUGUUUUAUAUGUGGCCAGCUGGUUUUUGGUACAGUGUUUUCUAGCUGAAUUAUUUUUGUCAUGCACAUAUAAACAUUUAUUAUGCACUACUUUUCUAUAUCUUUUUUUCCAGCUGUCAUUUUAGGCACAUUUUUCACGAAUGGGAAGAGACUCCUUUUUGCAAUACCUCAAUUUUUCACGUUGUGAAAAGUAGCUUUUGUACUUUUGUUACUGAGAGAUCUGCAUAUAUGGUGAAGUUCAUUUAAAAGAAAAAAAUUUAAUGAUUUUAAUAUAUAUAUUAUUUUCGAUUCUGUUUUUUAUACAUGUCAGUGCUGAGGGAACCUUUUCAACUGUAUACGCGUGCAUUGGUGGUGUUGUGACAAGUUCUGCAGAGGAAAGAUCAAAGUGUAUUGCUAAAGGUCAUAUCUUUUACACUAGAUGUUUGCUUAAGCAGAAAAAAACACGGGAUUACUAUAGCAUGAGUGAGCUGUAACACUACAGUUAGUAUUUCCACACAUGCAUUCAGCACCUCGUCUGUUCUGGUUUAAACCAGAUGGUGCAUCCCUAAAUGUCAGUAGCAGGAAUAUAACCAUAGUAUGAAAAUGCUGACUUGGUUCAUGUUCGGCCGUGUCUUGUGUCACAAGAGUGGAUGUUUGGUGUUAAAUAUUUUGCCUUUUAAAAAUAUAUAUAUAUAUAUUCUUGGGCUGCCAACUAGGUCCUUCUGUAAUCUUUAGUAUGCAUGACAUAAAAUAAAUACAGGAAAAUAGCUUUUGAAAUUGAUCGUCGUGAUUGUGCUCUAGAUGUUUCGAAAAUUUUACUUUUUUAAACCCCGCCCCCUGCCCCGCCCACCCACCCACACACCCGUCAUGUGUUGAUCUUUAUGCCUUCCCCAUACACAGACCUCUGCAGUGUGCACAAAAAAAACUCUAAAUCUAUUUUGCCGUGCAGGACUUGAGCAUCUUUUAGGACAAUGUUGGAGAGACUUGAUCACUCACACCCCUCGAGGGUCUCUAAGACUUGAUCACUCACCCCUCGAGGGUCUCUAAGACUUGAAUGUGGUAAACGUCACAAGUUAACUUCGAGGUGUUAUGUGCAAUACUUUUUUUGAGAUCUUUUCAGAUACGAAAUCUUUGCAAUGUAAUUCUUUAAUGCCAUUUUUAAUUGCAGACAUUUAAAGAAGAUGUUAAUAUGUUUUCCACAGUCAUUUUCUACGGUUACUGUAACCCUUUACAUGCUGGUGUUUGUAAAAAAGAAAGAAAUCAAACUAUUUGUACUAAUAUAAAUGAUUGAAGUUAUUUUUAAAACAGUUUUGUGCUCAUUUGCUUAUUUUGUUUAUUUCAAGCUACUGUGAUUGACAGCAUUGUAAUUAUUAGGUCAAAAAAAUGUAAUUAGCAGUUUAUUGGUAUAUUUUUAAUUGGAAUGUAAUUCAUUUUUAUAAUUUUGAUCAGAUUUUUGUUAUAUUUUUGAGGUGAAGCUUUUAAUAUGUUAAAGUGUCUAGUUUUUACUAAUUGCUAUAUUGUGCUCCACAAUAUAUGGUUCACACUUUCAGAAGGAAAAAAUAUUUAAAUAUGUCUGUUAAUGAUGUUACUUAAUGGCAAAAUUUCAAUAGUUUUUAACUGUGUAUGGGAAGGUUGUUGUAUUUAUUAAUAGCAUUUUUUUACUUAAGAUAUCACCUUAAUUUUUAUUAUGUCAUUUCUCAUUUAUAAGUUCCUAUUUUUGUAUUUUUCUUUCUAAUUAAGUUAUGUAAUACAGAUGUCCAUAUUUCUAGUUGGUCUGUAGAAGUGUAGUGAAACAAAAAAAGAAAUCUAAUCUAAUGUUAUUUAAUUGUUUGCAGCCAACUAUUUAUAACAGUAUGCAUCAUUUUUGAAUAUUUGUAAUGUGAAAUGUUGAAUGAAUAAAACUGUGAGAAGCA